UUCACAAAACGGCAAUAUUGUAAUUUGCGAUUAUCUUGCACGCUGCAGGUUUCAGAUUAAUUAUUUUCUGCAGCACAAUUGAUUAAUAUUAAAUUGUACUUUUAAAAGAAAAAAGACUAUUGAGUACCGGAGGCAAUAUGGUGGCUAUACCUUAUUUAUUCAACGAGAUCGAACGCAUUUUUCAAAAUACGCCGCUCUAUGUGAUUGUGUUGGAAGGCUUUCUACUUCUUUCGGUCAUAUGGUUGCUACUUUUCAAGCGUAAUGGGCGCGGCAAGCGUUAUAGCAAAGAAGAGGAAGAAGAAAUUAUUUCCAAAUACGAACCCGAACCACUCAUAGCUGAAACCGAUCCGGAUAAUCCGCUACUGAAAACCCGCUUGGUACAAUCGAAAGUUGGCAAACGUGUUGUGGUUGAUGGACAUGAUUGUCUUAAUUUGGCAACCCAUAACUAUUUGGGAUUACUAGAAGAUGAAAAAAUAUUAGAGGAUGCUUGUGCCACUUUGAAGAAGUACGGAGUAGGUUCAUGUGGUCCACGUGGUUUUUAUGGAACUAUGGACGUGCAUUUGGAUUUGGAAGAUCGUUUGGCAAAGUUUAUGGGAAUGGAAGAGGCAGUGGUCUAUUCGUAUGGAUUUUCUACUAUAGCAAGUGCCAUACAAGCGUAUGCAAAGCGUGGUGACGUGAUAUUUGCCGACGAAAAGGUUAAUUUUGCUAUACAAAAAGGUUUGGAUGCAUCGCGUAGUACAAUUUACUACUACAAGCAUAAUAAUAUGGCUGAUUUGGAGCGCUUAUUGAUCGAACAACAACAGCGCGAUAUAAAGAACCCAAAUAAAGCCGCAAAAACUCGCCGCUUCAUAGUUUCCGAGGGUAUUUACAUGAACACUGGCGAAAUAUGCCCGCUUCCCGCAUUGGUAGCGCUGCGUGCCAAGUAUAAGUUGCGUUUGUUCCUAGACGAAAGUAUUUCCUUCGGCACACUUGGCAAAACCGGGCAUGGUCUCACCGAACACUUUAAUGUCGAUCUCGUUGAAGUUGACCUCAUUAUAGCGGGCAUGGAAAAUUCUUUGGCCACAAUUGGUGGCUUCUGUGUUGGCUCGCACUUCAUUGUCGAACAUCAGCGACUUUCUGGACUCGGUUAUUGCUUCUCAGCUUCACUGCCACCACUACUAACACAAGCAGCAAUCUCAGCGCUGGAUCGUUUUGAGCGCGAGCCGCAAAUGUUUUUCGAGCUACAGGAAAUAUCGCGUAAAGUGCAGGAGGAAUUCAACAAAUUCUCAAAAUUAAAAUUGUGCGCAAGCGAACUUUCACCAGUCAAGCAUUUGUAUAUCGCCGAGCAACGUGAGAAUGCUGAUAAGGAACGUGAGUUGCUCACCGAAAUCGCCAACAAGUGCAUUGCACGCGAUAUCGCUAUCGUUGAGGCGCACUAUUUGGAGAACUUGGAAAAGCAACCAAUACGUCAUAGCAUACGGAUUACUGUGAACCGCUUACUCACCGCCAACGAUAUCAAACAAGCUUUCGAUGUAAUUGAAAGUGUGGCUAACGAAGUGCUGUAAGCUUAGUACCUUUGGUUUUUACAACAGACCGUCGUACGCAGAUGUCAAGGCUUAUGAGAUAGUCUGCUUAUAUAAUAAGUCAAACAUUACUAUUCUACUGCAACAUGUUUUUAAGUGAAUAACUUGGCACUUAAAUGAAGUCACAGAUACAGGCUUAGAUUGGAAAUUGGCGUCACAUAAAAUUGUAAUACAUAAAGUUUUUUCUGCACUGGAAUGUGCAGGCACACACGUAAAUAUAAAAAAUAGUAUUGUAAUCGUUUUACGUUUAAACUUAAGUUUUUUAACUACUGUACAAUAAAUUUUCUAAAUAUGCAGAGUUUAUGAGUUCAUGCACAUUCCACGCUACAAAUUUGGCCAACCACCUAUUUCUAAUAGCAAGAAUGUAUUAUACUUAUAUUAGCAUAUAAGUAAGUUAUGUAGACUUAAAAUAUAUAUCACUACAUAUUAUAAAGCAAAG